CGGCCGCAGAGGAAUGCGGUGUGCGGUGCGCCGUGGUCUGUGGCAGUGGGUGCUGAUGCUAGCCGUGUCUUAACCCUGUGCUUGUGCUAACGUAUACUCGCUCUAUGUCGUCCCUAUCUCGGAUGGGUACCUCAGAAAGAACUUGGCGAGCGAUCCUGUUCAGACAUCGAAUUCAGUAUUUCUAUCUAAGUGAGCGCGAGUGUAAGUGAUUCGCCUACGACAGUCGAAAUAUCACUAGACAGUCAGAUCUUGGUGACGUUCCAGCUCUAUGCGCCUAGUGCCGCGCGCUGCAUAUUUUACCUGUGCGGAAAUACCUUUUGCAGUCGGCUGCGAGGAAGUGGUGUCGGUGUGCCCGUGUGUGUUCGAAGGUGAAUUUCAGUAACAGUUGUGAGAAUCGAGCUUUUACAGAGGAAUGUUGCCGUGUAAGAGCGAAAGGUGACACAGUUGCGGCCUUGUGGUUUUCUGUGAAAACUAGUUUGCUUUGCGUAAGCUCUGAUUGACAUUUUCGCACCAUUCCAGUUUUAUGUGGCAGGUUUUAGAGUUAUUUUAACUUUAAUAAACCAACAUUUUACGGGUGUCAUUGACUUCCUGUCAAUGACACGAACGCCUGGUAAGACAGAAGGCCUGCUAGUUGUCGUUUCCUCGUUAUUUCACUCGCUUCAGAUCUGUUAUUAGCUUAUUGUACUGUGACGAUGGUGCGCCGUCACAUAAACUGUGGAUAAAUAAUUAUUUACUAACCCUACAUUAUUAUUUACGCAGUAUGAGAAGUGCCUUUUGAUGUAGUGUCCUGCAGUCAUGAUUAAGGGAUAUUUGGGAUUAUACCUGCCAGAAUGUCACAACGCGAUUUAUUUGAGGUGGAGCCAGAAGGGACAUCUGAAUUGCCGGCCGCCAGCAAGGCUCUAUUCCUGGAGAAGGUGCGACAGAGCAAUGCAGCGUGUCAGGGAGGCGACUACGCUAAGGCUGUGGCACUUUACUCUGAUGCUUUACAACUGGACCCAACCAACCAUAUCCUCUACUCCAACCGUUCGGCUGCGCUCGUCAAGAUGGGUCAGUUCACACAGGCCCUGCAGGACGCAACCCGCGCAAGAGAGCUCAACCCUAAAUGGCCUAAGGCCUACUACAGACAGGGCGUAGCACUGCAAUGCCUCGGCCGCCAUGGGGACGCGCUAGCUGCGUUCAGCUCUGGCCUUGCACAGGAGUCAAAAUCCACCCAACUUUUGGCAGGCCUGGUAGAGGCUUCCAUGAAAUCUCCUCUUCGAGGCAGCCUGGAACCAACUUUCCACCAACUGGAAGUGAUGAAGCUGGAUAAGUCUCCAUUUGUGAUCAUUUCGGUGGUGGGUCAGGAGCUUUUAGGGGCAGGACAAUAUGCAGCCGCAGUCAUCGUGCUGGAAUCUGCUCUGCGUAUUGGUACGUGCAGUCUUAAACUGAGAGGUUCCGUCUUCUCUGCCCUUUCUUCUGCAUAUUGGGCCCUGAACAAGUUAGACAAGGCAAUCAGUUACAUGCAGCAAGAUCUUACUGUGGCCAAAUCUCUGGGGGAUAUCGCUGGAGAGUGCCGUGCACAUGGUAACCUUGGAUCUGCAUACUUCAGCAACGGCAGCUUCAAAGAAGCUCUAACUGCACACCGAUAUCAACUAGUCCUAGCAAUGAAGUGUAAAGAUACCCAGGCUGCUGCCUCCGCACUUACUAGCCUAGGUCACGUAUACACAGCUAUAGGCGACUACCCAAAUGCUCUAGCCUCGCACAAACAGUGUGUACAGCUAGUGAAACAGAUGGGAGACAAGCUACAAGAGGCGAGAGAGAUAGGGAAUGUAGGAGCUGUAUACCUAGCCAUGGGAGAGUUUGAGAGUGCUGUUGACUGUCAUACUCAACACUUGCGGCUUGCCAGGCGACUGGGAAACCAGGUGGAAGAGGCAAGAGCAUAUAGCAACUUGGGAUCCUCUCACCAUUACCGAAGGAACUUUACCCAAGCCAUUGUGUACCAUGAGAAUGUUCUGAGGAUAGCCCAGGAACUGGGGGACAGGGCUGUGGAGGCAAGAGCAUUUGCUGGCCUGGGCCAUGCAGCGCGCUGUGCAGGAGAUUAUAAUCAGGCAAAGCGAUGGCAUGAGCGUCAGUUAGACAUGGCUCUGAGUUCCCGAGACAGAGUAGGCGAAGGGAGGGCCUGCUCAAACCUGGGAAUAGUGUACCAGCUGCUGGGUGAGCAUGAUGCUGCUCUGAAGCUACAUCAGGCACACCUGAGCAUUGCGCGACAGCUGCAGGACCGAGCUGGCAUGGGCAGAGCUUAUGGCAACAUCGGCAAUGCUUACAGUGCCAUGGGGUACUAUGAGCAGGCCAUUAAAUAUCAUAAACAAGAGCUAACAAUAUCAAAAGAAGUAAAGGACCGGAGUUCAGAAGCCUCAACUCAUGGCAAUCUAGCAGUCGCAUACCAAGCACUGGGAGCACACGAAAUGGCUCUGCUGCACUAUCGCGCACAUCUUAACAUUGCACGAGAACUCAAGGACACAGCAGGUGAGGCGUGUGCUCUACUCAACCUUGGCAACUGCCUCAGUUCUCGUGCCGAAUUUGCCCAAGCAGUGCCAUACUACGAGAAUUACCUUAUGCUCUCUCAGGAACUGCAUGAUGUGGAAGGAGAGGCAAAAGCUUGUCAUUUUUUGGGGUAUGCUCACUACUGCCUGGGAAACUUCCGGGAGGCAGUACGCUAUUAUGACCAGGACUUGGCCUUAGCUAAGGACCUACAGGAUAAGAUGAACAUGGGCCGAGCGUACUGCAACCUGGGACUGGCCCAUCUGGCACUUGGCAAUCUCGAGACUGCCUUGGAGUGCCAGAAAUACUUUUUAGCUAUAGCACACAUGACAAAGCACCUGCCUGGCAAGUUUCGAGCACUCGGAAACAUUGGUGAUGUACUCAUCAAGAUGGGUGAUGUAGAGGAGGCUCUCAAGAUGUACCAGAGGCAGUUGUCAUUCGCGCGACAAGGCCGAGAUAGAGGUCUGGAGGCUACAGCCUAUGGAGCUCUUGGCCUUGGAAAUCGGCUGUUGAGGUGUUUCGACAAAGCAUUAGGUUACCAUACACAGGAGCUGACAGUACGGCAAGAGAUGGGAGACUUGAAGGGUGAAUGUCGUGCCCAUGGACAUUUAGGGGCAGUCCACAUGUCACUUGGGAACUACACUAACGCCAUCAAAUGUUACCAAGAGCAACUAGAGCGAGCCAAAGAACUGAGGGAGAGUGCAGUGGAGGCACAGGCAUUUGGUAACCUGGGCAUCGCCAGGCUAAACAUGGGUCACUAUGAGGACGCUAUAGGUUAUCUAGAGCAGCAGCUGGCCACCCUGGAGCAGCUGUCCACUCCUACCGCACUCAUGGACAAGGGUCGAGCAUUUGGAAAUUUAGGAGAUUGUUACGAUGCUUUGGGAGACCUGGAAGAGGCUGUGAAAUGCCAUGAACAGCAUUUGGCAAUUGGACUAAAACUGAAGAGUUCUCGAGACCUAGAACGAGCCUAUCGGGGCCUUGGUCACUCCCACAAGCGCUUGGGUAACCUACAGCAAGCUUUGGUGUGUUUUGAGAAGAGGCUAGUGGUUGCUCAUGAGCUAAAUAAUCCGGAGGCAAAGGCUUCAGCUUACGGAGAGUUGGGACAUAUCCAUACCACUCUUGGAAACUAUGAACAAGCUAUUUCCUGUUUAGAGCAUCAGCUCACCAUAGCUAGGGAGCUGAAGGACAAAGUGGCAGAGGCUGAUGCUGCCUGUGGGCUGGGACAGGUGUACCAACAGAUGGGAGAAUACUCCACUGCUCUGAGGUACCAUCAAGCGGAUCUAGACAUCGCAGAAGAGCUGAGCCUAGCAGCCCUGCAGGGGAGGGCCUGUGGCAACCUGGGCAGUGUCCACGAGUCCUUGGGGAACCUCGACGAGGCUGUCAGGUACCAGGAACAGCACUUGUCUGUGGCAGCUCAGACCAAUGACAAGCUCGCCAAAACUGUGGCAUUCAGUAGUCUCGGUCGUAUUCACCAUGCUCUGGGAAACACAAGUCAGGCUGUGGCAUACCUCCAGCAAGGGCUGGCUAUUGCUGAGAUGGUGGGGCGGCGUGAGGAGGAGGCUAGGAUCAGGCAUCGGCUGGGGCUGGCGCUGUGGGGUAACGGGCAGCUGGAACUGGCGCAGGCUCAGCUGGAGCAGGCAGCCCAUCUUCUGGAAUCCAUCCGCAGAGAGACCAGGGGCUCCAGUGACUACAAGCUCUCACUUUUCGACCUGCAAACUGCCUCCUACCAGGCUCUACAGCAUGUGCUGGUGGGACUUGGGAGGAGGGAAGAAGCUCUGUUAGUGGCAGAGAGAGGGCGCACGAGGGCCUUUGUAGACUUGCUUCUAGAGAGACAAGGUUUUGUGGAACCAAACUCAAAUUGUAACCAACUGCGCUAUGAUGCCACUCCCUCGUCUGUUGAACAGCUUGUAGAUAUUGUCAACAGGCAACGAGCCUGUGUACUGUACUACAGUCUUGCUGCUGGCUUUCUGUAUUCUUGGUUCAUUGUUCCUGGUAAAGGCAUUGUGAGGUUCCAUGAAGUAGCAGUAAGUGAGACAGACCGAGAGGGAGAGGACAGUCGUGGAGGGGAGGAAAUGUUGACUACUACGGGUUCUCUUCUGGAGCACUACGUACAGAGCGUCAGGGAUAGUUUAGGAGUGCAGUCACAAAGUGGGGAGUCAGAUAUAGAUACAUCAGAAAUGUGGAGUCAGCACCUGGAGGAGCUAGGAGACCGUCUAAACCAAGACGCUGACCGUAGUGGUUUCUUAAGGAUGGUCAACCGUAAUCACCUCUUUAAUUCCAGCAAUUACAGCCUCAGUAGUCUUUUCAGCCUGGGUAGUGUGGGAGGAAGUGUAGCUAGUGGAUCAGCAAGUAGGCAUGGCAGUGUCAGGUCCCGCAGGCCUAAUAACCAAUCCUGGCAGGGGCCCUCCUGCCUUGCCGCUCUUUACCAACUGCUUAUAGCUCCCUUUGAAGACUGCCUACCUACUACUUGUUCCAAAACUUCAGGACCUUUACCCCAUGGAAAGGGAUGCUCGGGAAGGCGGGAGCUGUUGCUGGUAUUGGAGGGAGACCUCUACUUAGUUCCUUUCCCCGUAUUGAAACCUCCCCCAGCACCAGAUGCCACGUCCGAGUACCUGAGUGAGAGGUUCAGUCUUCUUGUAGUGCCUUCUCUCACCUCCCUGCGAGCCAAUCAGAAGUCCCGCAGCUCCAACAGUGGCAAGAACAAUGAACAAGGUAAUAUGACAGCACUGGUAGUAGGCAAUCCUCGACUUCCAUCAACAGUGACUGAGCAAUGGGGAUGGAGUGAUAUCCCCCAUGCAGAGCAAGAGGCUGCCAUGGUCGCAGAGAUGUUGCAGGCCAAGGCACUGGUAGGCUCUCAGGCUAGCAAGGAGUCAGUGCUGCGUCAGAUUGGGGAAGCCGAAUGUGUCCACCUGGCAACCCAUGUCUCUUGGAAACUGUCAGCCAUAGUCCUGUCCCCAGGUGAUGUUGUUGACUCUCAACACUCCAAGGCAAGACCCUUCUACCAGAGCCAAGGUGACCACUCUCAAGUCGAGGAGGACUGUUCAGAGGCAUCGUCAACUCUGGAGCUGCCCUCGCUGUCAGAGUUCCUGUUAACAGCAUCAGAGCUGCUGACACUGCGACUGAGUGCACGACUAGUGGUGGUCAGCUGGUCUCACUCGUGCGAUGGAUGGGCGACAGCUGACGGUGUGGUGGGACUAUCACGUGCUCUACUAGCCUCAGGUGCACAAUGUGUGCUUGUAUCGCUCUGGCCAGUUCCGGACACUGCAGCCAAGAUCCUGCUCAGAGCCUUCUAUUCAGCUUUACUACAGGGAUCAAGAGUGAGCAGGGCACUUGGGGAGGCCAUGCAGACGGUUCAGCACACUAAACAUUUCGCCCACCCGGCCAACUGGGCAGGAUUCCUACUGGUGGGCUCGGACGUCAGGCUAUCCAAUAAGGUCGCCCUCAUGGGUCAGGCCCUGUGUGAGCUACUGAAAACCCCUGAUCGUUGCAGGGAUGCUCUCAGAGUCACUCUGCACCUGGUUGAAAAAUCACUCCAAAGAAUACACAGAGGACAAAAGAAUGCAAUGUAUACUACACAAAAGAGUAUAGAGAACAAGAUAUUGCACAUGUUUGCACACAAGGUGGGCCACGUCAACGGUUGGAAGGAGCUUCUGCAGUCAGUAGGGUUUAGGUUCGAGCCUGCAGCCAAUGGCAUCCCUUCUUCGGUCUUCUUCCCUCAGAGCGACCCAGAGGAGAGGCUAACACAGUGCAGUGCCAGCUUGCAAGCUCUCUUAGGUUUGACAAGUACUACACUGGCUGCCCUGUCCAAGCUGAUGAGCAACAUAGAAGUGGCAGAUGAUAUUAUCGCUGUGAUACGCUUAGUCAUUGGACAAUUCACCAUGAAGAAUGUGGAAACUGAGAGCAUAGAGAUUCCUAUCAGUGUGAAACUGUGGCGUGUGCCAGGGGUUCACGAGUUGUUAGCUUCGUUAGGAUUUGACUUGAUGGAGGUGGGUCAAGAUGAAGUUACACUACGAACAGGCAAACAAGCCAACAGGCGCAGCAUUCAGUUUGUUCUGCAGGCACUUCUUGCUCUCUUUGAUACCCAAGAAGCACCAAAGAGUCUGAGUUUAGCUUCAUCAAGCUCCAUGGAAAGUUUGGCAUCUCUCGAUGAAGAAGGUGAGACGGGGACUCUGCCCCCUCCUCCACUACCCCGUGGGCCUCUGGUGCCUGGCCUCAGAGCUUCAGGAGCUCCAGGGGCUUUCACCAGCUACGUCCGUAGAAGAGGUGAACCAGACGGACGUACUGCCUGCGCUGCUGAGACCAACACCGUCAUCAAUAAGGUGUUCCCGAACAAGAUUGUGGGACGGCCUGGCGGUGGAGGAGAGAGUGAUGCAGCAUUUACUCCCUCCCCUCCUGUUGGUGUGGGAGGAGAACAGAGCCUCACACUGACUCUUGCUCACCAGACCAGGAUCAGGAGUCUCUACAGCAGUGUGCAGGAUGUAUCACCAGCUACCAGUGAUGGUUCCAUGAACCCACAGAGUCACCAGCAUCAACGUCGUCCAGACUCUUCUAGUUCCGCUAGCUCAGCAACAGAUUGGGAGGGUAAUGGACACGCAACCGUUCUGAGGCGAGCAGCAGCGGUGAGUCACCCGUUGCCGCCACUGCCCCCACCCCUUGGUCGUAAACCUCCACCACCUCCAGGCCUGUACGAGGAGCCCAGCCACAGCUCCGACUCGGACUUUGGCCACCAGCCCUCUCGCCCGGCUGCGACCGCUCUGGACCGUCUCAGUGUGCGCAGUGGGCUGCUAAAUCUGAGUGGUGCAGGCUCACGUAAGCCUCUGCUCUCCCUCACACCGGGCGAGGAGGCCGGCCUGUUUGCUGAAGACCAGGUUACUUCCCCCCGUCUGCUUUAUUUUGCCCCACAGUUGGCUGAGCAAGGUGCGGACAGAGAGGGCUCUCCUGGCCAGCCGACCCCCACCCAGGCGGGUAUUCAGGACCAGAUCCUGGCAACACAGCUACGCCGGUUGAACCGAGAAGCCACACCGACCAUCUCGGAAGUCUACCACGAGCGAAACAUCGGGUUAGGCUUGGCUCCACCAUUGUCAAAGCUGUUAAUGCCGACCCCGGACAACCAGGAUCCUCUGCUGACAGAGGUAUCAGAAAACAAGGAUACAAGUAGGGAUAAAGGCAAGCCAUGGUUGUCUACUGCUGCACUGCAAAGGUUCUACUCAGAUGCAGGCGAAAGUGACAGUAAGCCCCGUGGCUGCUCACCCUGUAGUGAGCUCAGUCGGAGAGAUGAGGGAGAUGGCAGGUCCAUAGCAGACUCUCAGUGUAGUGCGGGUAGUUACAAGCGAGGGGCCACGCUUCGGCCACCUCCCACAACGCCGCGUACAUACGAUCAGGAAUCACGCGGUCUUGGAUUCAUUGAGGACUCAGCUGAAGAGCCUGCGCAGCCGGUGCCGCGAGUGCGAGCAAUGCACCCUCCUCCUCCUCCCAUCCCCAAUUCGAGGACCACUACUAAAUUACACCCACCUACUGAAUGUUAGCAUGUAAGUUAUUUACAGUAUUGUGCCUUUGCCUUAUAUAAUUGUCUUCCUGAAAUAGGUAUUCAUAGUGUAAUUAUGGUAUUGAUGAAUAGUAUAAGUAUUCUCAUAAUCUUCUCGUCCAUGUAGUUAGGAUAAGCCUUUGUUCUAGGAACUUCAAAUCAAGUGCAAUAAAUAUCAUGCACUUCAAAUGUAUUAAAUUCUUCAAAAUAUUUGUUUAAAAUUAUUAUUAACACACUUUAAUCUUUUAUAAUGUUUGAAUUAUAUAAACACGGUUUUGCAUGAUGUGUACUGAUGUGUACCAUCUAUUCUUACAGAUGUCAUAAAAUACUUGGAUUUAUUUGUCAGUAUAAACAAUGACAUACAAGAGUGAAUCAAAUAUAGCCAUACGUUUUUCGAUGAUACACUGAAUGAAGUAGACAACCAAGCAGAAAUAUUCAGGUUGAAUGUGGAUAGGGGGGCUAAUGGAUAGUCCAUUGUUGUCUCCAUUUCUCUCAUCAAUAAGAGUCAUGUGGUUAAGGUUACACUCAUGAUUGCCAAGUAAUAUUUAAAGAACUUUGAUUUUGAGCUCGUGCUAAGCUAUUCUCACUAUACAACCUACUUAUUUUGGGAAUAAAAUAUCAUCAUUCAUUAAAAUUUGUGUUUAGGCUGACCAAUUCAAGAAUGCAGUGGAAGCAAGAAAACAAAAAUUAGUCUGGUUAUUAUGGUCAAGUUUGUUAGCCUCAAGCCAAUCAAAUCUAGUUGAAUGUGAUCAGUUUUCCACAGUUUUAAAUUUCUAGGGAGGUUGAAAUAAAUGCCGUAGACUACAUUUUAUUUCACAAAGAAUUUUAGUUUCUGUAAAGUGUAUACAAGACAAAUCCUAUAAAUAUGUUAUAUGAGUGAAAAUAAUCAUACCACAGCUAAAUAACAGCAAUGAGGGGUUGCCCCAUUACUGAAUCUCAUAAUUAAUUGUCAGUCUUCUCCGUAAAAUGUCAAGCAAAACCUUGUAGUAGACAUUUCUAAUAACAGUCAUACAUAGUUAAUACAGUCAUUCACUUGCAGCCUCAAAUUCCUUUGGUAGUGUAUCUCUAAGCAUCUCCAAAGAAGUAAAAUAGCCAGGGGUUAGUUUACUUCAAAAGUUGACGGGAAUUCCUAUCUAGGUGAUAUAACACAACAGGUGUUUGUAUCAAACAAACUCACAAGUUUACAAAAAUUUGUCACCGUUAAAAAAAUAGUGAUCUUUCGUAUCACACCCUCUAAAGUCUUACACAACCUUUUUGUUGUUCUUCAUUUUGUCCUUAAAACAGAGACACAACUAUCAAUGUACAGGAUGAUAAUAACUUGAGAUGAAGCCUAAUUGAUGAAGCACAUUCUCUCAUUUUUGAAGAAAAUUCCAUAUGCCUCGGAUACACUGCUGGCCUGGUGGAGGCAAGGUUUUAUCCAUGUCCUCCUAUCCAAAAUGCAUUCUGGUUGUGUGUAUAUUUCAUUUGGUACAAAUGUAACAAAACAAGCCCAGUUUAUAUUUGAAACACUCUUGUAACAAUCAUCUAAAUUCUAUACUGAGGUUGUGUGUUUCUUGUAUAGACACAGAAUGUUUUGGUUUUGUAUCGUACGGUUCAAAGAAUUAUCCUUUUGGAACAUCAUUUGUAACAGUAAUGAUUUUAAAAUCAUAAGUUACAAUAGGAAAAGUCAAUCCAAACAAUUCAUGGAAAAUUACUACAUGCAACUUCUAACAUAAUAUUUUAUUUAAAAAAAAAAAAAACAGAUUAAAGUUUGUAAAUGCAGGAUAUCAUCUUGAUAGUAACAUUAGUUGCUAUGACCUACUCACAGAAUAGUUUGGUUUUUGUAUCCUAUUCAUAUGAAUCUUGGUGCAUUGUUGAAUUUAAUAUAAUUAAAUUGUUAUAUUAUAUAUUAUGAUAUUUCAGAUCGAAUAAAACAAGUGACUAGAUGUGAGAUACAAAUCUCAAUUAAAUCAGUAUUCAAGACAGGUUACUCACCCAACAUGAUUAAGUUAUGAAUUUUGUUUACCAUGAAAACACUUUGAUUAGCAAUUAAUUUUUGUUUACAAACCAUAAAAAUCUCUACAACUUGUGAAAAAUCAACACGCAUUGUCACUGCCUUUGUGUUGUCCAACGGUCAUAGUGAGCAGUGGUUUAUUACACAAUCAAGAUAUUAAACUACAAAGUUGGACUAGUAUUGCACUCUGCAUGAUUAUAUCAAUAAUGUGGUUUAUAAACUAAAUAAGGGAUAGAAGGGGUGGUGGGAAAUAAGACAUUCCCGGCCCAAAUAACAUGAAGUCUGUCUCAAUUACUUGACUGUUGUUGUUUAAUGUCAAAACUUUUCGUAUUGGAUUUUAUUCUUAGUAUCAAACACUUAUAUUUUGAUUUUCAGUUUUUAAAAAGUGUACAAAUUGCUAAUCUUGUGGUACAACAAUCCUUAUUUUAUUGUGAAAAAUGCUGUUCUGUAGGGUUUUUUUUUCAUUGUAUUUUGUCCAUUACGUAAUGACUGUCAUAUCACAACAUACAACAACAUAACACAAUUAUUACACAGAAUAUUAAUUUGCAGUACUGAAUAAAGUGAAUUAUACCCCUCUUCCUUGUGUUGUAGCCAAAAUCUAAAAUUAAUUUGUAUUUGUUUAGACGUAUCAUUCCAUUCUUUUACAAACCAUCAACAUAGUGAAAUAAGGAAAAGUUCUAAAAAUUAUUUAUUUUACUUUUCCGAGUGGAUGAGUCAUGUCCGCAUUUCUAAUUUGCCCUGCUGACAACAGUAUCUUCUGUUUUUCUUUAUUGGUAUCGUUGUUUAUAAAAAAAUUCCAACCAAGAAUUUUUUUUUACUAUGAAAAUUGAUUAUUUAGAUUGAGUGGAAACCCUGUAAGACUCACAUAUCAGCUGCAAAUUUUUCUACAUAAAACAGUAAAAUUCAUUUUGGAUGAAAUCAUAGAUUAAACUUGAAAUUGUUUUUCUACUGUUUUUUGUAGAUAUGUUGCUAAUGAUUAGUGACCAUACUAAUAUCUCAAAUGACAAAAUGUUGUACUCAUGUUUUAAAUCUUGCAUACAAACUUUACAAAUGCAUAACAAUAUUGUUUGUAUUUGUAUUGUUUAUUUAACACACUGACUGGGCGGAUGUCCCUAGCUACUAUUGCAUUUUAUCAAUUCCCCCAUCUCUAUUUUCAGGACAAUAUUUCUUAUGCUGAAUUUCAGGUGUUGUAAAAUUUUAAGAUAAAACAGGAAACUCAUUAUUAACAAAUGGGAACUCAAGCACUAAGUUUGAAGCUAAACGUAUUUAAUUGAUUUUGCCUCGUAAUUAACGGAUUAAAACCCAGUAUAAUGAAAUAAUCUACACAGAUAAAAAAAGAUGAAAGGCAAAGAUAACCUAGUACAAUGAAGCAGAUUUUGGUUAAAUGGAUUACCUAAUAAACUUAUUUUCACAUUAAAUAUUUACUCUUAUGUAUUAAAUUUUGGAUAAUUCUGUAUUUCAUCCCUACUAGUCAUAUAAUCUGAAAUGACUAUGUAAUGACUAUAUGAGAAAACAAAUGCACAAAUAGUCCACAGGGCCCCUUAUUCAAUGAUGACUGUAAAUAUUGUAGCGCCUUAAAUUUCAAUCUUGUAGGACCCCUCUUGAUAGUUAUCUAGGGUUGAGCCUAUGACAAAUGAUUUGAUAAACUGAUCUGAUUAUGUCCUUGAUCAUGUUGUGCAAUCAUUUACUGACAUCAGUGGCAGCUUGUAAAUAUUUGCCUUGGGACUAAGCAAAAUAUCCUAGCUAUAGCUCUGUUUGAAUAUUUUCAGUAGAAUUUCAUAAGUGAGCCUGUUUUUAAAAAUUUAGAAUGUAUCUUUUUAGAAAAGUUUGCCAACCUGUCAUGUGUUUAAGUGGGUCAUAACUGCACUUUUUUACUAUUAUAUGAUGAAAUAGAGACAAGAUGAAAUCAUUUUCCAGUGUUUAGUCUUAAAUAAAAUUAAAAAUUACAGUAUAGUGUUUGUAAUAGUAAACAUUGGUUGUCUUUUUUUGUCUCUACCUAGCUCGAACAUGUAGAUCAGGUUAAACAUGUACGGUACUGCACUCUGAUGUAAAAGCUAAAUAAAUAAUUUGUUUACCACCAAAUUAACACACUCGUUAAUAAAUGUAUAUCAAAGUUAUUUCAAUUAAUCAGUGUAAAAAUUUAAAUUUUUAUCAUUUAUUGUGUCAAGCUGACAAUUUGAAGUGUUCAGUUGUUUUUUUUUUGUUUUUUUUUAUCAAUGAUAUUUGUAAAUUUGAACAUUUUAGAGAUAUUAUGAUUAUAAAAUUUUAUAUAUAUAUAUGUUCAAUAAUAAUUUAUUCUUAACAACUAUUUACUAUUUAUUAUAAUAUUGUUUAAAGAAUAAAUUUUAAUGUUUAAGAAGACUUGUAAAGUGGAAACAAAAUGUAUAUGUAUGUAGCCUGAUAAGUGUCUUAAUGUUUUCGAGACUAGAUUAGCUCAGAAUAUGGUUGGGCUCAGUCAAUCCUGUUUUAUAUAUACUUGUGUUGGUAUGUGUAGAGGCUGUAAAUAUUUAAUACAAUCAUGUAUACCAUUAUUGGCUGGACUUGUAAAUAAGGCCCCUUACCAUUCCACUUGAAGUCUGAGCAAACCAAUGCAGUAUUACAUAACCAUUUUUUGUUUGUACAAUGUGGUAACAAAUUGCAAAAUACUACAAGCUAUUUAAGUAAUUAUUUAGGUAUUAAGUUCUCUUAAGUGGCUGUAUAUUUACUUGUUGUAUAAAUAAAUUUCAAGUACAAAUUA